AUGGCCAGCUUUCAGCACCCCAUUCAAAGCUUGGAACUUGUCAAGCGGCAGUCACAGGGUCUUUCUAAUGUGUUGGUGGCAUCCGCGGGGCCACAUAUCUACUCCUACGCAGCCGAGAGCGGCCAGCGCCUGGAUGUAUGGCCCCAGCAUGUAGAGACCAGCCGCGCAGCUGCUUCUGGACCAACGUCCACCUCGGAGGACCAGGCUCCACCUGAGAAGAGGAUCAAGCUCUCAUCACCAGAGACCGAGUCCGAAGGAAAGCCUAGCGCAAACAAUGCUCUUACCUGGACCAAUAUCCCCAUGGUCUUGGCAACAUCUGAUGGCAGGCAUGUAGUAGUCUUGACCGCCGAGGACAAAUGCAUUCGAGUGUUCAGCUUGAGUGAGGAUGGAAAGUUCAAGGAGCUUAGCUCUCGGAAUAUGGCUAAGAAGCCAUGCGCAUUGGAUCUGACUCCCGAUGACCAGACUAUCCUAUGUGCAGACAAAUUUGGCGAUGUCUACUCUCUGCCCUUGAUCCCUGGGGAGUACGUGAAGCCGAAGACCCAAGCUAAAAAGCCUAAGCCGGUUGCGACCACGCUCACUGUACACUCGAAGCGUAACCUUCGUUCAUUGGAGCAACAGCACCUCCAUGCCGAGCGGGCUGAGAAGGCCGAGAAGGUUCAAGAGGAGAGCGAAGAGAAGGGUGUGCUCAACUUUGAGCACCAGCUUAUCCUUGGCCACGUCUCUAUGCUGACUGAUGUCAUCGCCGUGUCACUACCUGGGGCUCCGGGAAGCCGCCCUCGCAAUUAUAUCCUGACUGCGGAUCGGGAUGAGCAUAUUCGUGUUUCUCGCGGUAUUCCUCAGGCCCAUGUUAUUGAGCAACAAUGCUUCGGCCACACUUCACUUAUUAGCAAGCUCUGCAUUCCUUCGUGGGCACCGAAUGUUCUGAUUUCCGGCGGUGGUGAUGGCCAUCUGCUUGUGUGGAACUGGAGCGAAGGCCAAGUACACCAAAGUGUCCCGUUGGGUGAUUCGUUCCAGGAUGCCAUUAUCAGUGGAAUUUGGGACGUCUCUUUUGACCAGUCUGCUGGCACCCCUGGAUCUAUCAACAUAGUCUUAAUUGGUCUGGAGGGCUCCCCUCAGCUCCUCUGCUAUACCCUUGAGAGUGACAACACACUCAAGUCCCAAGGCGUUAUUCAGCUAUCCGGAAACGUGCUAGACCUAACUACCCUCGAUUCAAAUGGCUCUAUUGUCGUCUCAGUAGAUGCCGUUCGAGCGCCUGGCUCUACCGAUACGUGGAAGGAGAGCCCGGCAUCUGCCCAGAUUCUCACUGAAUGUCUCCAGAUCAGUAUUACCGACGGAGGCCUGAAGUGGGCCGUGUGUGAAGACUCAAGAACGGCUUGCAUCAAUGCAGGUGUUACUUCGGGUCUUUCUGCUACGCUGGAUGCCAAGCAAAAGAAAGCAAUUGACGACACCCUGUACAAUUUGGGCAAUCUUCGGAAGAGAACUUUUGAUGACUGA